UUCACAUCUUACCAAGUUGAGCAACAGUGCAACCAGCAUGGAAGAUUCCUCUCACAACCCAACAAGCGAGCCGUCCAGCGUAUUCCUGCAGGAACAAGAGCCAAAUCAGAGUCCUAACCACAGCCCAGGAGGAAUCUUGCCUGAAACAGGUAAAUAUUAAAGCAUAUUUGCAAUCACAGUUCGAUUACUAAUGGAACGGUAGGUUGAAUAUUGUAAUAGGCAUUUACGGCAUGUUUUACAAUACUAUCGCUAUAGACACGUCCAGAUACCAUCUCCUAUAUUUCUGUAUUUAUAUAGCCAAACAUGAACAGUAGUAUUUUAUGUGCAUACCAUCACAAAUGUGCAUACCAUCACAAGAUACAAAGAUAUUACUGACAUAUGCCCCUACAUUGAGUUCAAAUAAUAUGGUAAACAUGAUUGUUAUUAACCCGAGGCGCGUAGGCGGGCCACAGGUUAUAGUCCGGUCUGUCUGUAUAUAUUCUGAGUCUGCUCACUCAGAAAGACUAACGGCAGAGCGUGAUGAGACUUUGAGCACCCAAUCAGCGAGCCUUUUGCGAGUGCUCUCCCAGGACAAGAAUAUCUCCCAAAACGUAGAAUAUACACCCCCGGUAUAUUUCGACUAUUUCCUCAAAGAGGGGGAUAACUUGGUAGGACGUGGAGAGGAUUGUGAUGUGACACUCUCCAAUGGGUCCCUCUCCCAGAAACAUGCACAGAUACUUGUGGAGAAGGGUUCACACUUUAUAAAGGAUCUUGGAAGUCGGAAUAAGACGUUCAGGCGAAAGGUGGCCCUCAAGCCUAACAUCUAUUAUGAGCUGACGGACGGAGUGCAGGUGACGUUGGCCAAUAUCACUUGUUACUACCUCAUAGGAAACGGGCAGGAGGAGGCAGCCAAUGAUGAACGAGAAGUUUCAGAGGAGAGUGAAACCAGUACAGUGUUGUAUGGCUCCAGUGAAACUCAAGAGAGUGUGGAGGACUAUGAUUACAACUAUGAGGAGGAGAGCCCUCAACCUCAACCACCAAUUGCAACAACCCUUUCAGUUUGCCGCACCCCCACCUCCAACCGUAAGGCCUCGGCCUCAGCCACUGAGACGUCUCAAGUACCUGCUGCUAAGAAGCGGCGUAAAUAACCUUAUACCUGAGCUCCCAUAUUGUACAUUGUAUAUAUGCAUGUACAUGUACUCACAUUGUUGUUUUCUUGCAUUGUGUACAGGGUCACUGUUAAGUACACAACCACAUAAAGUAUUUUAAAGCAUG